GAGGAGAGGGGCGCUCGCAGUCUAAUCUUCCCUUUCAUCUCUCUCUCCAGACUGGACGUCGAGGAGCUUUCUCUCUCCUUUGUGUUUUCUGACUUUUCUCUUCUUUUUCUCCCACCGGCUAAAGCAACAUCUUCUGAGUUUUGAGUCUUGAAAUUAGUUCUUUCUUUCUUAUUAUUGAAGAAAUUACCUGUUAAGUUACACUCGUGUUCUGAACAAAGACAAGAUGCUAUUAAAUAUGAGUUCUCAGUUAUGUAUUCGGUCGAUUUGAUAUCAAUUCAAUCGGUUUAUCAUUUCUGAUGGACACAAAAACUAGUGCAAGAGCUCCCUCCGGACAGCAUCAGAAGAUAGCUGCUGAACAAACCGUAGAGGCAAAAGACAUCCAACCUUCUCCAUCUCUGGUUUCAAAAUCAGGUAAACUUGAACUGCCUACUCCUGAAAGUUCAUCAAAAUCUGUGCAAAGCACAUCAAAGAAGAAUACGGUAGUAACUUCUGAAAGCAAGAAGACAGGAAUUUUAAACCAAAAGGGGCUUGCUGAUUCCUCGAAUAAUAAAUGCGGUCUUGUUGCUUCCUCGUCUGUUCCUGAGCAGGCAUGUGGAGGACCUGACCAUGUUAUUAAUGAAAAUAGGGGUUCGCAGGAUAGUUCUAUUGAUCAAGAAAAGAAAACAUCAGAGUAUGGAAGUGUGAAGAACAGUUCAGUUUCAGCUAAAGUUAGUGAUGGGGCAAGCAGUUUUGGAAAAACCAGUGUUAGUGCCAAAGUCAGUGAUCGAGCUGAUUAUGUUGGGAGUGGUAAGAGCAGUAUCUGCAGAGGAAGCACAAGUAGUGAUGUCAGUGAUGAGAGUACUUGUAGCAGCUUUAGUAGUGGCAUAAACAAACCUCACAAGGCAAAUGACAUGAGAUGGGAAGCCAUCCAAGCUGUUCGAGCUAGAGAUGGGGUACUGGGCUUAGGUCACUUUAGACUACUGAAGAGGUUGGGUUGUGGGGAUAUUGGGAGUGUGUACCUCUCAGAGUUGAGUGGAACUAAAUGCUAUUUUGCAAUGAAGGUAAUGGACAAAGCAUUACUAGCUAGUCGGAAGAAGUUGCUUCGUGCUCAGACUGAAAGGGAAAUACUGCAGUCGCUGGACCAUCCUUUUCUUCCAACAUUGUAUACCCAUUUUGAGACAGAGAAGUUCUCGUGCUUGGUAAUGGAAUUCUGCCCUGGUGGAGACUUGCAUACACUGAGGCAGAAACAAUCAGGGAAGCAUUUCACUGAGCAAGCAGUAAAAUUUUAUGUAGCUGAAGUCUUGCUUGCUUUGGAAUACCUCCACAUGCUUGGCAUUGUCUAUCGUGACCUCAAGCCAGAAAAUGUCCUUGUGAGAGAUGAUGGACAUAUUAUGCUCUCUGACUUUGAUCUUUCUCUCCGCUGUGCUGUCAGUCCAACUCUUGUUAAAACCUCUUCAACGGAAUUGGAGCCUUUAAGAAAGAAUCCUGUUUAUUGUGUCCAGCCGGCUUGUAUUGAGCCACCUUCCUGCAUCCAGCCAUCUUGUGUUGCUCCUACAACAUGCUUUUCACCCCGGCUCUUCUCUAGCAAAUCAAAGAAGGAUAGGAAACCUAAGACUGAAAUUGGAAACCAAGUGACUCCAUUACCUGAGCUCAUUGCAGAGCCUACCGAUGCUCGUUCUAUGUCAUUUGUUGGGACCCAUGAGUAUUUGGCACCUGAGAUUAUCAAGGGUGAAGGUCAUGGGAGUGCAGUUGAUUGGUGGACUUUUGGAAUCUUUCUAUUCGAACUGUUGUUUGGUAAAACUCCUUUUAAGGGAUCUGGGAACCGAGCUACAUUGUUUAAUGUUGUAGGCCAGCCUCUCCGAUUUCCGGACUCACCUGUUGUGAGUUUUGGAGCCAGGGAUCUUAUAAGGGGUUUGCUUGUAAAAGAACCACAGCACAGACUGGCAUAUAAGCGCGGGGCCACCGAGAUAAAGCAACAUCCCUUUUUCGAGGGUGUGAACUGGGCAUUGAUCCGAUGUGCUACCCCACCAGAGAUACCCAAGCCUGUAGAGUAUGAGAAGAUACCUUCCCCAGCAUCUUCAGGCAGUGAAAAGGUGGUCCACCACAUGUCGAUUCCUGAUAAAGGUUCUGAUAAAUAUCUUGAAUUUGAUUUCUUCUAGUUAAUAGAUGGUAUUUUUUCCCCCCUUUGAUACCCUGAAAACUAGGCGGUGUUGAUUGCAAAUGGGUUCUGAUGAAAGGGAGGGACUGUUUUUCCAGUGUUUUAGGAACAGAUGGUCAGGAAUUAUGUUUUCUGUUAGCUAUAACAGUUCAAACUUGUAUGGCAUAAUUAAUGCAUUGUUUCUCUCUCACCGUUAGAAGCCUCAAGGGCGUAUUGAAAGUUUUGGUUGGCUCA